AUGAACGUAAAAAUCGUCACUAUACUGAUUUUAAAUAUUCUCGUAAUCGGCGGACUAGCAGAGGGUGAUGUUAUUGAAUACAAAUCACAUACGGAUAACUAUGACAUCACAACAAUUUAUAAAACAACGCCGGAGUAUAAUGAUGGAGAAAAAAGCAAUCGAUAUCCUUUCAAUAUUGUUUUGUGUCCCAGAUGCUAUGAUGCAAAAAUUCAUUUGAGAACUAAUGCUAUUGGUAUGCCAAUUGAAUUUAAUGGAUCAAUUCUGAGUUCCGAUAAGAAAAGUUUAGAAUUCAUAGCAGACAGCAAGUAUUCAAAAAACAUUUUCACUCAAAACCAAAUUGAAUACAACAUUGGAGAAUGGACCAUCUCGAGUUUAUCUAUGUCUGAUCCAGCUGCAUUUCUGAACAUCUAUCCCUCUUAUGAAUUGCUAUUGUGGAAAGCUAACAACAAAGCAGAAUCGUUCAAAAUCAAAUGGAAACAAAGAAAUUCAAUUAAAAUGUGUAUAUCUGUAUCAUAUUUACUAGGAGAUGAGUCGAAGUGUACGUUUUCAAUGGACUUAACUAAUGAAGAUAAGCUUGACAAAGGAAUCUUAUAUUCUAGUAAUAUUAAAGAAUCGAAAAUACUAAAAACGGUAUUGUUCAAAAGCAAUAACUGGUUAUAUGAAAACGAAACAUAUAAUGAAUAUGAAAACGAAGAAAUAUUGACGAUAACUGCAAAAGAACUACAAAAGACACCAUCUGCAGCAGCUUCGUUAAACAUCAAUGUUUAUCCAUUUGAAAAUACGAUGCGGAUAAGACAACCUUUGGAGUGCCUUAACGGAGGAUUUUCAGACAAAAACGGCUGUACGUGUCCUCCUGGUUUCAAAGGCAAUAAAUGCGAACACGGAUGCGGACCUAACGCGUUUGGCGCUGACUGCACCGGAAUGUGUUCGAUUCACAAAACGCACUGUCGGCAGAUGAUGUUUUGUACCAACAAUUUUGGGUGCAAGUGCCCGGCGGGAUAUACAGGAGACGAUUGCACCACAGAAUGUAAGAGUGGUACGUACGGCGUAAAUUGCGAGCAAAAUUGUUCGGAGAGAUGUAGUUCGUCAUCGUGUGACGUUUACACUGGUAUUUGCAACAAAGGAUGUACGUCAAGUUACAUAGCACCGGAUUGUGAAGAAAAGUAUCCGUGGCUCAAAUCACCGCCACAACUAGAAUCGUCGGAUUUUAGGUCACUAAAAUUGAAAAUUGAUUUUACUUCGGAAAACAUACUAGGCAGUAGCAAUGUUAGCUCUGUCUAUUACCAAAUCCUAUUUAAGGCCACUUCAAACGAAUCGAAAUUUCAAUACUUGGAAUUAAAAGAAUUCAAACAAAAGUCCGUAAUAGAAGUCAUAGACGAUCUCAGACCGGGAAUAUCAUACACUUUCGGCGUGAUCCUAGUAUCAGAAGACGGAAAUUACAACAUAGAUGACAUCAAAACAGUAAAUUACUCGACCAAGUGCCUAGUGCCAAGAAACCUAAAUUAUGAUGUCAACUUAUUGAGUGGCACAGACUACAUCAAUGUUACUUGGAACAAGAUUAACGAUCAAAACGAAGAGGACUGUAAAAUAACUGAUUACUUGUUAAAACUGAUGUUUAAUCACACUGCAGGGAUACAGCAACAAAGUUAUUCAGAAGAAGUAAAAUCUAAUAAUAAUUAUGGAUAUGUGUUUGAAAAUCUACUAUCUGGUGAAAAAUACGCAGUUCAAGUAACAGCAAUAUCAGCUACGGGCCAGGCUACACCAUCAAAAAUAUCAUAUAUUUACACCACACCUUAUGGAUUUGUUAAAAUAAAAAACAUAAAAGCCAAACUAAAUCAGAGUUCAUCACUGAUAAUAACGUGGGAUGUUGACGAAAAAUACGUAAAUACGACGUUUACUUAUGUAAUUAAAUACAAGGUCAAUAAACAUUUUAGUUGUUCAAACGAAGUAAUUACAAACAACUGGACAUCGCUGUUAGUUUACAAUCAGACAAGACGCGAAAUUUGGGAUUUGAUACCGAACACACAGUAUGUUAUAAAGGUUGACCCAGAAAUUAAAGGAUAUAAUUACAACAACUAUGCUAAUGUUGUUUUUGUAAAAACGCCUAUCUCUACUCCCAAAUUAACACCUGCAAUUAACGACAAAUAUGGUUCGUAUGUCACCAAUCAAAGCGCAUACUUCAAUUGGACGAUAAACAAGGCCGAUUGUUCUAAACUAAAUGGUUUCUUUCGAGGAUACCAGAUCAUACUUAAAGAUAUAGUAGAAGGCACGCAAGUAGAAAACUUUAUUAAACAAAACACGGUGAACUACGACGGAUUAAAACCCGACACAAAAUACGAACUGCAAGUAUACGUACUGACGAAUUAUGGAUACAACUCGGAACAAGGAUUGUUGAUACCGUUCAAAACCAAAACUAAAUUUUCAGUACCGGUGGACGAAUUAAUAGUUUACAAGAAAGACUUGAAGCACAAAUCGAUUGGUAUCCGAUGGAGUUUCCCUGACGAAAACAUCAUCAACGGUUUUAUUGUCAGCGCAAUCGACGAGAAUAUGAAUAGUACAAAGCAAAUUACCAUAGAACCCAAAAGAUGCGGUGCUUGGCCAAAAUUAUAUUGCACUACUUUUGAGAACCUAAUACUAAACCACCAAUACACCAUAAAAAUUAAAGCUAAGUCGAUAGACUAUCCUACAGGUGGUAGUGCGGCAUCAGUCGUCAGCAUUUUCAACGACGGGUUUGCAGAUAAACCGGAAAAUCUCAGGACAACAGACGUAGGCUCCACGCAUAUUUCACUGGAAUGGGACAUUCCAUUGAUAUUCAACGGUGUGCUGAAAUCGUUCAUAGUGAACACCGAAGAGAUUUCGUCUAAAGACAUAGAUAAAUGCUGUGAUAGCAAACCCGAUAUAGAGAUUCCGAUAACAGAAGAACUCCCAACUUAUAACUGCACGAUAAACCACUUGAAGCCCGGUUCCACUUAUUCGAUCAGUGUAUUAUCGAAAACUUCGUUAUAUGGUCAAACUAAUAGGAUACACGUGACGACCCUAUCCACUCCUGAGGAGGCUGAUAUCAUUGAAAACUAUCCGGUAAUGACAUCUGAAACGCAGAUAUCAGUCGAAUCUGAAGAAAGUACUUUCGGGCCAGAAUAUUAA